UUGUGCUAAAACCUAAAACUAAUACCGCGUUGUGUUGAGAAACAGGACAUUUUUUUAUUAAAAAAAAGUCUUCCUAGUAGGUAAACUCAUUUUGAUUGGUGAACGCCAGAAAGAUUCUUAUGAUGAAUUAUACUUACCUAUAUGUUUGCUCAUAUCUGGUAAACCGUUCUAUUUUUGUUCUGCUACAAAUUUAAAUCUCAGUAUGCGUUGGAACUUAUCCAAAUAGGAAAUAAUUCAGAAAAGAAUAAACUAAUCCAGUUAUAUUCGGAUGAUUAUUAUGUGAAACUGCAUUUCUGAUGCGCUGCUGUAAUACCUAGUGCUUGAUUGAAAUAUGAAGAACUUUACUCGAAAUGUUCUGUGGCUUUUGAGUUUUCUUGGUUUUCAAAUUUUGUGUUCAUCCAAAACGGCAGUGACGAUAGGUGUCCUCUUAAAUGAUUUAACAUCCCAAGUACGACUUCCACUGAAUAGUGUGAUAUAUAAAAAGAAUAUGUUCGAUCAAAAUAUCUAUUUUACCACCAAUAUUUCAGCCGUUUCGAACAGUGAUAGUUUUGAGGCCAGCAGAACAUUGUGUGAUAUGAUGGAGUCCUACAUCGGUCUAGCUGCUGUUUUCGUCGUCGACACUCCCAACACCAUCCCCAUCCUGGAAUCGGUGUGCACCAACUUCGAAAUCCCCUUCAUCAUGACGUCAUGGAGGCCCCCCGUGAUACGGAACCCGAACCAAGAGAGGGCGCUGCUCAGUUUUUACCCCGAAAGCGAGCUGUUCGCUGCAGGACUGGCUGAGAUAGUCAGGAGUUUGCAUUGGAGUAGCUUCGUUAUCGUCUACGAGGAAGAGGAAGGGCUGGUCAGGAUGCAGGAUAUCCUGAAACUUCAGGAGUAUAGGAGGGAUACGAAGAGGAAUAAUAUUUUCGUGAAGCAGUUGGGGCCUGGGCCUGAUUAUAGGCAACUUCUGAAGGAAAUCAGAAACACUACAGAAGACAAUAUUAUCUUGGACUGCAAAACAGAAAAUAUUCUUCCGAUUCUUCUACAAGCAAAAAGCGUCCACAUGCUCAACUUGCACAACAGAUUUCUCUUAACAUCACUGAAUGCUCAUACCAUUGAUUUUUCGGUGUUGAACACAACAGCGAAUAUUACUAUCCUGAGGCUCCAUGAUCCGAAAACUGAGAAUUUCGAAAAUGCCAUGCACAGAUGGCAACUCACUGAAUUCGAAAAUCGGAAUAUUCAAAUGCAACUGGAUCCAAAAUCAAUCAGGACUGAAACUUUGUUGUUCCACGAUGCCAUUCUUCUUCUCACUGAUUCUAUAAGUGAAUUAUCAGUUACCCCAGGAAUCGAAACGAAUGCAGUAUCUUGUUCGGGGAAUGAAUCAACUCGAGAUGGAUUCGCCAUCAGAAACUAUAUGCGAAUAAAAGCACCUUCCAUAACUCUAACAGGUCCUCUAGAGUUCAACAAAAAUGGAGACAGGAUUAAGUUCAAUAUCUACGCGGUGGAUAUCAUAGAAGAAUCAGUCAUAGCCACCUAUUUCGCUUCCAACAAAUCUGUUUUAUUGGCUAGAACCGGCAACGAAUCAGUAGAUGCAGCAGUUUCGAAUUUGCAAAAAAUCAAAGUAAUCGUUUCGUCAAGGCUUGGACCUCCAUAUCUUAUGGCACGGGACCCCACUUACGAGGGUGAAGUGUUUGAGGGUAAUCGCAGAUACGUAGGGUAUGCCAUGGAUCUCAUUGAUGGAAUUUCCAAAAUCAUCGGUUUCAAUUACGAAUUCCAAAUAACCUCGGCAUAUGGCAGCUAUGAUGCUGACAACAAGAGGUGGACUGGAUUGAUCGGAGAACUAUUGGAGAAAAGGGCUCAUCUGGCUGUUUGUGAUCUGACAAUAACCCCAGAAAGAAGGGAAGUAGUCGAUUUCAGUAUGCCCUUUAUGACCUUAGGCAUUAGUAUUUUGUAUAAGAAGCCGGACAAGAAAGACAUCAAUAUGUUUGCUUUCCUGGAAACAUUUUCAAAGGCUGUCUGGAUUUAUACAGCCACGUUAUAUUUGAUAAUUUCCAUAGUACUGUACUUCAUUUCACGUAUGACUCCUGGUGAUUGGGAAAACCCUCAUCCUUGCGAGGAUGAGCCCGAGGAGCUGGAAAAUAUUUGGGAUAUCAAAAACUGCUUAUGGCUGACAUUAGGAUCCAUUAUGACGCAAGGUUGUGAUAUCCUACCAAAGGGAAUAUCCUCCAGGAUGGCAGUUGCGAUGUGGUGGUUCUUCUCCCUCAUAAUGACGAGUUCUUACACCGCCAAUCUAGCAGCUUUUCUCACCAAGGCCAACUUAGAACCCGAGAUAGACGGCGCUGAGGCACUGUCGAAACAAACGAAGAUCAAGUAUGGCGUCUUGGCAAAGGGAUCCACCGAAUCUUUCUUCAGAAACUCCAACUUUUCGGUGUAUCAGAGGAUGUGGCUGAACAUGCAACAGUUCAAACCGAGCGUUUUCGAGGAAAGCAACGGCGAUGGGGUCAACAGGGUCAAUUCCACCAAGAACGCUAUGUAUGCGUUUUUGAUGGAAUCAACACAAAUCGAGUAUGUGGUGGAGACGAAUUGCAAUUUGAGGCAGAUCGGGAAUUGGUUGGACACGAAGAGCUACGGCAUAGCUAUGCCAAUGAAUUCGCCAUACAGAACUGCGAUAAACAGAGCUGUUUUGAAACUGCAAGAAUCAGGCGAGCUGGGAAUUCUCAAGAGAAAGUGGUGGAAGGAUAUGAGGAAGGAAUCGUCAUGUCAAAAGAAUUCUGCUGAUGAUGACGACUCGGGUAAAUUGGCUCUUGCCAAUGUUGGAGGAGUAUUUUUGGUAUUGGGUGUAGGAGUGGGUAUGGCAUGUAUAUUUGCUAUCCUGGAGUUUCUCUGGAACGUCCGGAAUAUAACUGUCGAGGAACAUGUGAGUUAUUGGGAAGCCUUGAAAGUAGAGCUGACAUUCGCCUGCAAGGUUUGGAUAUCUAGGAAAAGAACGAGAACUUUGUUGUCAGAAUCGUCUUCGUCUUCUGUCAAGAGUGAUAAAAGUGACAAAACCGACAACAGAAGUAUGAUUCACAGCAUCCUACAUAGUGCUGGAUCGUUCAUGAAUUUGGAAAAUCGACCCUGAUGACAGAAUAUAAUAAUUUCUCAAUUGAUUCAACACAUGUUAUCAAUUAUUAAACUCUCGAUCUAAAGUUCAAUCCAAAUAUCAUAAUAUCCAUCAAUAUAAUUUUUAUUAGGAUUUUCAUAAUCAUCAUCAUUAUUAUUAUUAUUAUUAUCAUUAUUAUUAUUAUUAUUAUCUACCUAUGUCUUAUAAUCGAAUGUCAAUUUCGAAGGGCAAGUAUUUGGAUAAUUAUUUUGAAACAUAUCAUAUAUAUUAUACACAGGUUCGCUCUCACUUUUUUGCUUGAUAAAGAGGAAAAAAUUUAUCUGUGAACCAAAUAUCUGAGAUAGGUGAACUUUCAGAGUGAUUAAAAGAACACUUUUUCAAGAAAAUAUCAACUUUCUGUAGAUUAAAUAUGAAUUGAAAAUAAACCUCUGUUUAUAAUAACUUUUUGUUCUCAAAUCGUGUACAGAUGAAGUGCUUCUGGUCGACUCAGUGUUGAACUUUCAUAAUAAUCAUAAUGACUUACUUCUCUUUAUACCUCUAUUAUGAGAGAUUUUAUUUUUACCACUACCCUAAUCGAAUAUAUCGUUUCAACAUACAAAA